CCCCCUGCUGGUCUGUGACAGCUGCUCUGGCGCCAUCCAUCGCCAAGAAUCUGCGAGGGUGCAUAUAUAGAAGAGAGUUGUUGUGUCCGGAGCCGGUGGAGCGGACAUAUAUAGCUAGGAUCCAUAUAGACAUCUGAGUAUAGUGGAGAUGGGAUCCCUGAUGUCCGGUUGGAGCUCAUCAGUGCUGAGUGACAAGGAAGUUCGUUUGAUGAGGAACCGGUCGCUGACCAAGGAUGAGGUGGCGGCGUUCUGGAGGAGGCAGCAGCAGCAGGGCAGGCCAGCAGCGCCGGAGCCGAACGCCGGCUCUCCCGGCGCGGAGAUACUAGUCCCGCACGCCGCUAAUAAGCGUCAGUUGGAGGCGACGAGGUCCUUGCCUCCGCUGCUAGCUGGCCGCGGCGCCACGAGGAGCAACGACGACGACCUCACGUGCUGCGCAGCUUACGGUCGUUACGGCGCCGGUGACCAGCAGCUCGUCUCUUCCCGUAGCGAGCCGCCAUCGCCGGCGGCGACGGCCCGAGGGGAGGGUUUCUUCCUCCCCGUCCCCGAGAACGCCGCCGCCGCCGAUAGCUCUGGCAUGAGCCGCGGCUGGUGGACCCGGAGCAGCUGGGCGUUCUUGAACGAGCCGCCGCCGACAAGGGAGGAGGUGGUGUUGGGCAGGGCGCAGAGGAGCUUCGCGUGUGACCAGUUCCACGCCGCACGGAUCGUCACCGGCAACGCCUAGUAGCUACGCGCACUCGUGUAGUCAUGUAUACAUGACAUGCGUCUUGUCCGUGUCCUUGUAGAUAGAUAGAUAGCUUUUGGUUUCAAGUGUGCGCGCGUGUAUGAUAUUCACCACCUCUUCACCCUGCACGCACUAGGUAUACUAUAGGGAUUAGGGGGUCCCAUGCGUCAUCGUCGAAAGAUGUCCUCUCCGUGUAAACAGACACUACUGGUUUUGGAUCA